CAGUGUGAUUUUCCGAUGCUUUUACAAUUACUAAAACACUAAACUCAGAAAUAAGCAGCGCGCAUGCGCAGGUACUCUGUUGUCGUCACUGCUGUCUACUAAUCAGUGGUAUAUUUAUACACACAUAUAUUGUUAUUUUUAUAUUAUAUGGAUAAUUCUUGGAGAAUAUUAUCGAGUUGAUCGACAUUUAUGUUUUAUUGGAGGAGCUAUCAAUGAUGAUGAUAAGGAAAGUAUGGCGGAGAUAAGGACUAACCGAAUUAAAUAAGUCAGAAGUUAUACCACGUGCCUGUCAUUUCUAUUUUUUGAUAUGGCUUUAAUUUAUUUGGAUGACAAUGAUCCUUGGAUCACGCAGCAUGAUGAAUGCGCAAAACUUCUUGAUGAAAUUAUGGAGCAGCUCAAUCAGCGACAGAGCAAACCAAAAGCUUCAUUAGCAUUCGCUAGUUUAUCUGCGAAUAUUAGGUUCCAAAUGAAUCAGUAUUCGGAUCAUAUUUCUCAAUUGAAGAAAAAAGUUUCUGAAGCUUUAAAACUUCGGGUUAUAACUGUAGAUGAAGCAGAAAGACGUACCCGCCAGAUAGAACAGCUCCAAAGUAACUACGUCAAAAUAAAGCGUCUGUAUGACGUGAAAAUGAACCCAGCUGCUUCUGAAAGGCCUAGUUUGUUUGGAAAUUCAAGCUCGGCGUUUGCUGAAGGUGGAACGGUCGGUUGGGACGACCAGAAUGACCAAGAUCAGAAUGUUAGUGUCGUUGAUCUCAAGUCUCAGAAUGAAGCUGCUUUGUUAGAGCAAGAGCGGGGCCUUGAUGAGCUGUACAAAGUGAUAACAAGACAGAAAACAAUAGCCCAGACGAUACACACUGAAGUAGACCAUCAGAAUGAAAUAAUUGAUGAUCUAGCCGAGCAUAUGGAGCAAACCGACGAAAGAUUGAUAGACGGAACAAGACAAAUUCGUUUUAUUGAGAGAAAAGACCGGACUUGUGGGUACUGGGUUGUAAUAAUUUUAUUGUUCAUCAGCAUAAUUUGCGUUGCUGUUGUAUAAAAAUUAACUCGAGCGUAUAUACAUUUAUAUUUUUUUUUAUUAAACCACUAAGUAAUAAAUUGUUAAGUAUUUUAAAAUUUAAUCGCUUAUAUAGA